AUGUCCGUAACAGACUUUGAUAUACUCGAAAAACUUGGCGAAGGUGCCUACUCUACCGUGUUCAAAGUCCGCCGUCGCUCAGAUGGCAAAACCUACGCCCUUAAAAAGGUCCGUUUCAUGCCUUUAAAAGACAAAGAAAAAGAAAACGCCGUCAACGAAGUCCGCAUUUUAGCAUCAAUAAGUCAUCCUAAUGUAAUUGGCUAUAAAGAAGCUUUUAUUGAUGAAUCUACCAAUACUCUAUGCCUUGUUAUGGAAUUCGCAGAUAAUGGAGACUUGCUUCAAAGGAUAACAAAUCAUCAAAAAAAUAACACCUAUCCUAUUUUUAUUAAUUAUAACUAACUUGCAUUAAGAAUUAUUUUCAAAAAAAAUUCAUUUAUCAUUGAAUAUUUUUCAGAAUCCGAAAUUUGGGAUAUUUUUAUCCAAGCUGUCAGAGGUCUAAAAGCGCUUCAUGACCUUAAUAUCUUACAUAGAGACUUGAAAUGUGCCAAUUUAUUUAUGUGUAGUGAUGGCAUGGUCAAGCUUGGGGAUAUGAAUGUGUCAAAGGUGGCUAAGCUGGGCUUGGUUUAUACUCAGACUGGGACUCCUUAUUAUGCUAGUCCUGAAGUGUGAAAAGAUAAGCCUUAUGACUCGAAAAGCGAUAUAUGGAGUCUUGGGUGUGUUAUAUAUGAAACUGCUACUUUAAAUCCGCCGUUUAGAGCUCAAGAUAUGAAAGGUUUGUAUAGGAAAGUCAUUAAAGGGGAUUAUCCACCACUCCCUAGUAGGUAUUCGUCACAGCUGUCAGAUUUGAUUAAAUUAUUAUUAAAAGUUAACCCUGCACAAAGACCUACAUGUGAUAAUAUUUUAAAUUUUAUAUCAAAAAAGAUUGAUUUAAAAAAAAACAAAAUAAAAAAUACUGUUAUUAAUAAUAAUAAUUUUUUUUUAUAAAAUUCAAUAGAGAACACACUUUACCUGCGGUUUCACAGAGAAAUACAAGGAGAAACGUCGGGGAUUUGCCAGAAAAUAAUUUAUUAGGGACUAUAAAAAUCCCGAGGCAGAUAAAAGGACUAUCUAGCAAUUUGCCAGCUGCCAGCUAUGAAAAAGAUAGAAGCUAUCAUAGUGUUCCAGCUGUUACAAAAAGAACGGGCAUGAAAAAAAUAAAGGACAUGUCAAACGCCAGUGAUACUAUCACAAAUAGGAUUCCUAGUGAAAUCCAAAGCAAUAAAUCAAGAGUUUAUAGCGAAAAAGAACUGAGAGGGAAAGAAAUGCUGCCUCAAAGAGUCAUUUUGCCUGAAAUUGAACCCUUGAGGCCUUAUAAUGCGGAUAGAAGGUCGCAGAAUAGAGAAGACCAUGAUAUUAGCCAACGGCAAAGACCACAAGCUUGUAAAUUCUAAUUAGAUAUACCCCUUAUAGUAAAUUUAGCCAUUCCUACUUGUGAUAAUUGCCUUAUUUUCGUAUGAAAAUAGAUAACCAGUAAGUUUUUUUAUUCACUGUCAAUAGAAAUAAAGUUCCGCAAGUGGUUUCUUACUCCCCAUAUGCGCAAGGGACUAUCGCACAGAGAAUUCAAGCUUUAAAAGCUCAAUAUGAUAAUGUUCCCCCAAGCAUUGGGAUCCCAAGACAGCCGAAUUACCAAAGACCUGUGGUGCAGCCUUCGUGAUGGGGUUAA